GAGUUAGUGGGUGCAAGUUUAGGAUCUAAGGAGGGGCUGAGUGACUUGGGGCCACAUGGGCGGCAAGGAACAAGGGACCUGAAUAACAGGUACGAUAUUUACCUCAGUGUGUGAAGACCUUUUGUCGAGGCUGGGACAGGAGAGGCCCCAGGCCCCUGCUCUAGGUGGCCCAGGGGCCUGACCUUCCUACACCUUCAGAGAGUGGACCAUGGCUGCACUCUGGCUGCCGCUGCUGGCCCUUAGUCUGGGCUGCAUAGGAGCAGGCGGUUUUGUGGCUCAUGUGGAAAGCACCUGCUUGCUGGAUGAUGAUGGUAUCCCAAAGGACUUCACAUACUGUAUCUCCUUCAACAAAGAUCUGCUGGCUUGCUGGGAUCCAGAAGUGGGAAAAAUAGCUCCCUGUGAAUUUGGGGUGUUGUUUAAGUUGGCCGAAGCAAUUUCAAAUAGUCUCAACCAAGAUGAGCGCCUGAUCCGGCGCAUGCGCAACGGGCUGAAGGACUGCGCCAUGCACACCCAGCCCUUCUGGAAUGCGCUAACCCACAGAACAAGGCCGCCAUCUGUCCGAGUAGCUCAAACUGCUCCUUUUAACACAAGGGAGCCUGUGAUGCUCGCCUGCUACGUCUGGGGCUUCUAUCCGUCGGAUGUGACCAUCACAUGGAUGAAGAAUGGGCAGCUUGUCACUUCCUACAGCAACAAGGAGAAGACGGCUCAGCCCAAUGGAGACUGGACAUACCAGACCGUCUCCUACCUAGCCUUAACCCCUUCCUACGGGGAUGUCUACACUUGUGUGGUACAGCACAGUGGGACCCCCGAGCCCAUCCGUGGAGACUGGACACCUGGGCUGUCCCCCAUCCAGACAGUGAAGGUCUCUGUGUCUGCAGCCACCCUGGGCCUGGGCAUCAUCAUCUUCUGUGUUGGCUUCUUCAGAUGGCACAAGUCUCAUUCCUCCAGCUAUACUCCUCUCCCUGGAUCCACCUACCCGGAAGGACGGCACUAGAGGGCAGAACCCCACGCUGAGAAGGAGAUUCAGACUCCUGACAAUGCCUUCAUGCCCCCAACAUCUUCAGGAUACCCCACUUUCUUGUCUCAUCAUUCUUCUACUCAGUUCCCCUUCCCCAUGUAAAUAUUGGCACCUUGUGGGUAUUCACAAUCAAGUCUGUCUCAGGUGUUUUCCAAGGUGAGCUGAUCUGAGGAGGGGGUUCAAGGCCCUCCUGAGGUCCCCCUCCUGUCCCCCCCCCCAUCACAGAAGGCACUGUGUCAUAGGUGAUGAUCACUCCUAAGAAAUAAACUGGUGGAAUU